UCCCCUGAUUAUAAGGCUAAAGUGAUGCAAGGUUGUCUUGUUUCCAAUUUUCUCGGUUUUAGUGUGCCUCAAAAAUGGCUACCGUACACACCGGGUUUGAAUCCGUGGAUUUAUGUUUUUGGUCAAUUUUGGAGGCAAAGUUCUUUGCUUAAUAACCCCAAAGUUUGGAGUCACUCCGACAAUCACUCGUUCAGAAAUGGGAAAAAAUUACACCAAAAAUUACACCAUAAAUUACACCAUUGCAUCACUUUAGCCUUAUAA